UUAUUGGCACUACUAACGGAUAAUGUCUUGAGAAAUGCAUCAAUAUAUUGCACGUUAAUAAUGAUAAUAAUGUGUAUAAUUGGAAUAAUCGGUAAUUCUUUAUCAUUAUUUAUUUAUCGAGGACCAUCAUUUCGUAAGCGAUCCAUAAAUAUAUUACUUGCUGCUCUUAGUGCAACAGAUCUUUGCUUAUGCACACUUGCAAUACCGGUGUUUUCAAUUUCGUUAAUUCAAAGUGCUUCAAAAUAUUUAACUGGACAUAUAUUAAUAUUUGCAUAUCCAGUAACUUUAAUGUUACAAAGCAUGUCUGUAUGGCUCUUGGUUGGAAUAACCAUUGAUCGUUAUUUAGCAGUAUGUCAUCCAUUCAAAGCCAGAGUUCACUGUACUUGUGCGAGAGCGAAAUUAUCUAUUUGUAUAAUCGUAUUUUUUUCUGUCGCGUAUAAUUUCGUACGAUUUUGGGAAUUUAAAUUUGAUGAUGCAGAUGGAAUUAUAUCUUUAGAAGAUUCAAUAGUACCUCUGUUGAGAGGUGAUCAUCUGUUUAUGCUUUUGUAUCAAAAUAUAGCAACGCUUAUUUCACAAUUUUUCAUACCUCUAAUUGUUUUAUGCGUCCUGAACUUACGGGUAGCCCAAACGAUUUUACAAGCGAGUGAGCAAAGGAGACAGUUAGUCGCUUCUGAAAAAUGUGAAUAUAACACUGCAAGAAUGAUGUUUUUUAUUGUCAUCGUGUUCAUAUUUUGCUACGCCUUAAGUAUGAUAUUAAAUUUGGUUGAAAUUCUUAACGAGGAUCUAUUUCGCCAGCCAAUUGGCUAUCUUCUUAAUGAUAUUAAUAAUAUUUUAGUUGUAAUCAAUUCUUCAUCGUCCUUCAUAUUUUACACAUUCUAUUCAACGAGCAAUGCUAACUUAACGAGAAGUAGUGAACACUAUUUAUUCAGAAAGAUUUUUUAUGUUGUUAUUUAA